AUGCCUAUAUUUCAGUCCAGACCAUUUCGAAACCCUCGAGAGCAGGCAAAUACCCUGGGCGACCGGAUUGCAACCUACUAUCGUCGUCAGGUUGCCACUCGACCGUUCCUCUUCUUCGGCUUACCUUUCAUCUCCCUCAUGGUCGCGGCCUCAUUCCUCUUGACACCGGCUACAGCCUUGAGAUACGAAGCACACGAUCGGAAACACAAGCAAGUUUCUGCGCAGGAUGCCAUGCAGCUGGGACUAAAGGGUGGUGCUGAUGGUCAGGGAGGUCUCACGUACAACCCACGCAGGAGAACCCUGACAAAAGGAGGUACAUCUGAACGAGACGAAUACUACAGAUUGAUGGCCAAAGAUCUUGACAGUUGGGAACAAAAACGUGUCGAGAGAUUCAAGGACGAGCCUGAUGGUAGGCUAUGA